AUGGGGGGCGCAAAAAAAGGAUGAACAUUGAACAGCUCAGUUUGAGUCAGACCUCUGACAGAGCAAGAAUACGUCCAGAGACCGAAAGAAACCGAGCAGUGAGCCGUUCAAGACACGACAUGCUUUCUGUGAUACAGCCCACGCCAGCAAUGGGUGGACCUUUCCAAAGGCCCAUGAUGGGUCCCAUGAACCCGCCUGGGGUUUCCAGUUCCGCACAGGCCCCUUUCAGCAAUUACGGGACUGGAUUCUAUUUUGACCCUUCGAGGUCUGCUCGAAGUGGCACUUGUGAUGAUCUAAGAGUGGGAAGUUUCUCCAGCUCCGCAGAACAACCUUCGGGUUGUAGUGUCCCGCUCCCCGGAUCGGGGAAGCCCAGUCAUCGUUGUAAUAGUAGUAAUAAUGUUAGCAGUGUUGAUGGGGGUGUGAUGUUCAAUCCCGCAAUGGCAUCGGGUUCCAUGUUUAUGGGACCGGUUCCACAAGCUGUGAGGGAAGGCCGGCAAUGGCCCAGUGCAAUCAUGGGGCUCAACAGAGACCUGCGGGGUAAUAAUUGGCUGGCAUCAUUUGCUCCGGGGCCCCAAGUUUCACAUCACGACGCAUUUGUCAUGAAACAAUACCACAUGCAUCAACAACUUCAACACCAGCGGCAGCAGCAACAUCUGCAGCAACAGCAGCAGCAGCAUCGACAACAACAACAUCGCCAUUUGCAGCAGCAACAACAUCAACAGCAGCAGCAACAACAACAACAACAAGAGCGGCAACGGCAACAGCAACAACAGCAGUUGCGGCGAUGCACCGUUUCGGGUGUUCCCAAAUCCGUACCUGCGGGCAAGGACUAUUCCAAACCCUUGUUCGUGGAUUGCAGCAUUGAAUAUGACUUACCCAAUGCUCCAAAGAUCCCUAAGAACAGUGAUCCCAUCCUUAUGAUUCAUCCAGCUUACAGUCAGAAACUAGUGUCUUCUAUGAAGAGUGUCGUCCCCUCCAGAGCCCCUCAGUCCUCCCAGUCUCGUCACCAACUGCUUCCACCUCCGCCUCCCCCAUCAGCAUCUUCAUCAUCGCGUCCUCAUCAACAGAAUCCUCGUCUGUUGGGAGGUGUGAGCAUUUCUCGUCAAUUGAAAUCCAAUGUUAUCCUACCUCCAGUUCAGAUCCCAACCAGUCGCAGUCACGGAGCCGGUGGAGUGGGGGGUGUGCCCAUGAGGCCGGGAGACUCGUCCAGAGUGUGUAGCCUCAAGAAUUGUCAGUGUAACAUGGCUCUCCCUAGCAAUGCUAGUCAACAACAGAGCCAAAUCAACUCCAUGCUAAAGCAUCAACAGCAGGAACGCAUGUCUUCGAAAAUGUUGCUGCAACAUCAGGCUGUGAAACGAUCGUAUGCAAGCAUGCAACACCCCUAUUUAAAACCUCGUCAAGGCGUGUUCUUCUCGUCCUCAACAGGUAUGAUGGACAAAAGGUCCACCAACAACGAGUCCUCCUCAUCGUGUUCGGCUUCGUCCUCUAAAGCGUCGUUGUUGUCGUCGUCGUCGGAUUCGUGCUCAUCUUCAUCGUCGUCGGGUUCGUCGGCCUCAAGAAGCGACGUGGUCCAGCCCCCUCCAAGUAAAAGAACUCGAGUCCUGAACAUUCCCGAAACACCCCUGACCCACACCGCCAACCAUCAGAUUCCAACUUUUUGGCAUCCCCCCACGCCGCACCCUAUUCCAUGUUACGGCAAUAGUAGCAACAUCUCCACCUCCACUGCUUCCACCGCCACCAACCCAUCGUUCUGGCAUGGUUUACCGCGAAAUGGGGUUCCCCAUGUGGUCCAUGUUCCCGUCACUCACAUCACCCAUAUCACUCCCCCUCAGUCCACGUGUGAUCUUUACCACCAGAAGCAAUGGGAGCAGCAUUCCAGAUACCUGGCGGCGGUGGCUUUGGCUAAGCAACAGCAAUUGGAACAACAGAAACAACAGCUGGAACUCAGUCGGCAACAGCGCUCAGUGGUCCCCAAAACUGCCAACCAUGGUCCCACUCCCACCCCCAGUUCUAGUGGCGAUAGUGGGAUUGGAGGCACGUGUUCUAAUCACGGCCAGAGUUGUUGUGCGGAUGGAAAAUGCCAGGAGGCUUGGAACAAAGAGAACCUUGGGAUCAUGCGAUCCCUGUGACCUGCUAAUAGGCUCUCAAAUUGUUUUGCAAAAGUGAUCCAAUUUCCAAAAGUUUGCAACGACACUUGAGAACCUUUCAGGCUAGCGGAGAUGGAAUUGCGUGGCAGGGUUCCCCAUGCUCCGCCAGUGCCUCCUCCACCUUCGCUAUCACCAAAGAAAGAAUACAAGAAAGAAAUGAACCUCCUCCCCUCUCUCCCCCCCCCCUCGAAGCUAAGACGAAACCACCAAAAUGCGAGGGACCCCAUAAUGGACUUGUUUUUCUAAAAAGUGUUUUUCCACCGCGCCUUUGUUGUUGGAUCUUUUGGAACACGAGGGUUUGUGCCGUCUCAUCGUUUUUUCGUGAAACAGCCAGGAGGGAGAUUUUGGAUCGAAAAGAAGCCUUGAAUCGGCUUAAAGGGGAUCUGGGAAGGAUCUUGCUCUCUUGCUAGCCUUGCUCGCUCGUUCGUUCGUUCGUUCGCUCUCUCACUCACUUCAUCCAUCCAUCUAUCCAUCCAUACACACACACACACACACACACACAUGCAAUGGCCCACAAAGAAUGAGCCAGCGCCAUCACCUCAAAUCGCCUCCUCGUUGCACUACAGGAACAAAAAGUCCUUUCCCUUGUGUUUUAUUGCAUGAUAUUCGUCAAGAAACGAGGAGACAUUGGAACAAAACAGGGAGUGAGAGAGAAAGAAAGAGAGAAAUAAGUUUCAAAAGGAUCGCUUAUAUGUUAUUUGGAUGAUCCCCGUUUAUCGGCUGACAACGCCUUACGAAGCCUUCGAAACCCAUGCACACGAAUAAACGAACCAUAAAGGAUUCCACUCGAAACGAAGAAAGAAGACUAUGAUGUUAGCUUUAUCCGUUGCUGGUCCCCAUUUUUAUCACCUUCUUCUAUUGUCCCUUCCUUUGUUCUUUCUACGGAUUCCACGAGGAGGAAAAAGUGUAUUUUAACAAUGCCAUAUCCUCAUAAAUUAUGACCUUACGGGUUCUUCAGAUUUCCAGUUCUUGAAAAACAGGCAUUCAUCGUUUUAUUUCUUCUUGUAAGGGGGCACAUAAAAAUAACAAUAAUACUAAAGAAAGUUAUUUUCCUCCUCUUCUCUCGUCCUGUCCCCUGAUACCCCCCCCCUCCCCCCACUUCUUUCUUGUUCUUUCUUUAAACGGGAGAUGGCUUAAAAGAUACGCCAAAGAAAAGAGACCAACCGAGCGAAACUUCCACAACUCCCCGUACGUACGACUUUGUUUGAAUGAAAGCAAAUCUUAUCUCUUCUGUUUUUCUUCUUCUUUAUUUCUCCCUUUCUGCCUGUGUUGCACGCUAACUGCAAAUCUAGAUUCAAUCUCUGACCUUCUCCACCUUCGCAUUGGCCAUAACGUGUUUCUUACCUUCCCCUUGCUUAGAUUUCACUUUCCCCGUUGCAAAAUUGUCCAAGAAUGGCGGGAGUCAUUCACUGUCCUGAUUUAAUUUAAUUAUUUAAUUGCCUCUCGUUCCAUAGCAUGCCUUGUGUUCAGUACCCCUUCUUUCGUGAUUUGAACUCUUACAAUGCAACAACAUUCCAAGGGGCAAUCCAUCAGAAGAGUGAUUCAGGAAGAAAUAGCCUUUGCUAUAACAGUGUGUUGUAGAGGUAGAGCGAGUGACCGACCACUUCUUCACUAAAAGCUCGAUUGUGCCCCCGA